GAUGAGGGAUGAGUCAGGCCAUAUGAUGCUGAUGAUACUGCCAUUUCAUCAGCACAUUUCCACAAACAUCUCUUUAUCCCUAAUCAUUAGAUUGGCAAUAUGAAUUUACAAAUAAUUUAUGGGCAUUCUGAAAGUAAUAGGUCUUAAUGCAAACGCCCAAGACGACUAUGGUCACUCGUUUGGUCAUUUAAUGCAUAUUCAAAGCGCGACUAGAUGCACGCUUUCUGACUGAAAGACAGCGAAGAAUAUGGGGCUUGCCAUCCGCUGACACUGAGAAGCAUAACCAAGAUAAAAUAAGAUAUGGAAGCUAUAUGGCUGUACCAGUUCCGGCUGAUUGUCAUUGGCGACUCCACAGUGGGGAAGUCUUGUUUGAUCAGACGCUUCACAGAAGGACGUUUUGCACAAGUUUCUGAUCCUACUGUUGGCGUAGACUUCUUCUCCCGUCUGGUGGAGAUUGAACCAGGCAAACGCAUCAAGCUUCAGAUCUGGGACACGGCAGGCCAAGAGAGAUUCAGAUCUAUCACAAGGGCUUAUUAUCGUAAUUCAGUGGGUGGCCUUUUGCUUUUCGACAUCACCAACCGGCGCUCCUUCCAAAAUGUCCACGAGUGGCUGGAGGAGGCGCGCAGUCACGUGCAGCCGCACAGCAUCGUCUUCUUACUGGUCGGCCAUAAGUGUGACCUGGAGCCGCAGCGGCAGGUGAGCCAGCAGGAGGCAGAGAAACUGGCAGCCGCUUACGGCAUGCGCUACGUGGAGACCUCGGCCCGCGACUCCAUAAAUGUAGAGAGGGCUUUCACGGAGCUGACGCGCGACAUCUUCGAGCUGGUCAAAUGUGGUGACAUCACCAUCCAGGAGGGCUGGGAGGGCGUCAAGAGCGGUUUCGUGCCCAACGUGGUGCAUUCGUCCGAGGAGGUGACCAAGAGCGAUCGCCGCUGCCUCUGUUGAUCAAGAGACUCCUGUCGCCGUAUCAUGCAAAACCAGUGCUGUCGAUCUCCCUCAGCUUGAUGUUCCCACUACUGCAGCCCCACAAAUACUCUCAUCCCCUUAAUCAAUGUUUUUUUUUCUUUGAAUAAAGUUCUUAUUCUCCUAAAAGUCCAAAUAAUGACUUAAAGAUAAGCAAACAUGAAUUAACUGGAGCUUUGGCGAGUCUACUCGGUCCACCCGGCACGAUGGAGCUUGGAGAACUGAGUUGUGAGAACUGUUUAAGUAAAAUAUUGCAACUUUUGGAGCAAAGACAGACCCAAUAUUUACACCAAAAGUUUAUCCAGUAAUGAUGGAUCAUAUGAGAGCAUGUACAGGAGGACCACACCAAUCUAACACAAACGUCCCAUUGGACUAAAUAAGGCCCCUAAUGUGUUCUAUGACGAUACUCAUGAAUAAUAAUUUCCUUUAAUUCCUU